AUGAAAGUUCUUUUGAAUGGCAUUGUGGUUGUGUUUGCGUUCUGCAUUCUACUUGCCACUGGUUCCUUGGUAGUGGCUGAUGUUAGCAAAGUUGAGGAUGACAAGCAUUUGAUUCAUCCACCGCACUUGUUAGGGGGUGGAUUAGGGUUCAAGAGAGGGUUUAGGCAUGGAAGGUUUGGAGGUGGUGGGAUUGGCGGUGGGGGUGGCUUUGGUGGUGGUGGAGGUUUGGGAGGAGGAGGUGGUCUAGGUGGUGGCUUUGGUGGAGGUGCUGGGGGAGGUUUAGGAGGAGGAGGUGGCCUUGGUGGUGGUGGUGGAUUGGGUGGUGGCGGUGGCUUAGGUGGAGGAGCUGGUGGAGGUUUGGGAGGCGGUGCAGGUGGUGGACUGGGAGGUGGCGGUGGCUUAGGUGGAGGUGCUGGUGGAGGUCUUGGGGGCGGUGCAGGUGGCGGACUUGGGGGUGGACUUGGUGGAGGCGGUGGUGCAGGCGGAGGAGGAGGGUUUGGCGGCGGCGGCGGGGUUGGAGGUGGUGCAGGUGCUGGAGGAGGGUUUGGAGCUGGCGGUGGGUUUGGAAAAGGGGGAGGCGUUGGUGGUGGAGUAGGCGGAGGUGGAGGGGGUGGAUUUGGUGGAGGUGGCGGCUUUGGUGUUGGCGCUGGUGCUGGAUUUGGUGGUGGAGCUGGUGGCGGCCAGUAG